UGCGUGCAUAGCCUACCACUGUUCAGGCAGUAGCACCAUCCACUUAAGUAAUGUGCAAGUUACUUCAUUUUUAAUUAUUCUAGAUAUAUUUUCACCAAAAGUGGCAAGAGUUUAUUGAAUAUUUAUUAACUCAAAAUAAAGUCAAAAACAGAAAACAAAAGGUUGGUUUAAUUUGCACUGAAACAAUCAAUUGGAUUAUAGAUUGUUCAGUGAUUAUGAUAAAUAACUAUGCUUCACUUACCAAAAAUGAAGGAUUAAAAAAAAAUUAUGAUUCACCUUACUGGUAUAAAAGUGAUGAUAAGAGUGUUACAUUUAACAAACGAUUUACUAAAAUUAGUCAUUUUUGAGUAUAUAAUACUUUUCGUACAAUUACAGUCUGUAGGGUUUUUGAAGGUUUAGAUUUAUGGUAAAAGAAUCAAGCCAAGAAACGGCACCAUCUACUGGUGAAACAUACAGGUAGCAAUAACAAACGUUCUUAUUUUAUGUUGGUGGGAUCUUAGGGGGACGUUUUGAAGAUAAUUUAUGAACGCAACAUAAAAUUCGAAUAAAAAUAUAAUCAAUAACGAUGACAUCCAUUUAAUUUAUGUGCUGUUUUGGUGUGGCAUUAUAUAGACAUGUUAUAAUACUAAUAAUAAUAAUUAUCAUCAUCAUCAUCAUCAUCAUCGUCGUCGUCGUCGUCAAUUGAUACGUGUUUACAACUUUGUGGCUAUGUAAGACAUUUAAUUAUACGUUUGAAUAAUUGCAAUAACAAAGCACCACAGUACACAGCACACUUAAGUUCUAAUGCAAACAUUUUCACAGAGAUGUAGUCAUUAUUAUAUAGUUCAUUAUGCAAUCAUAAACUAAAGAGAAUACAGACAUUUUGUAAGUAACAAUAAGGUCUGGGGUUUCUUAUAAAGUGUGCUCAUUCUGUUGUCAAUCUCAUGUGGACCAUAGAGGAUCAGAUCUCACAGUUACACAAAUUAUGUAAUACUCUACUAAUAGUGAUAUGGAGGUGUAUACUGUGUCCCCUUUCAUGUUUUCCACUUUUGUGAGAGACACCAACACAACUGAAGAAUGUUAGUGACUGUUAAUGUGACCUUAAUUUAAAAAUGUCUUAAAUGUCAACAAACAAUAGUUUAAAUAUGAGCGAUAAUUCUGAGGGCCAUGUGAAAAUUCAGAGUGGUUGCUUCUGUGGAUUUGUCUUUCAGGAAAAUACUUUCUUUUGAUCAUCAAGGCCAAGACAGGAGCAGCCUGGCCUACAUUUUUAUGAUUUUCCAGGAAUUAGCACAGAUUUCAGGUCCACAGUGGCAUUCUUUAAGCACACCACAUAAGCCUGUAUGAUCUGUAUGACUUUCAAUCUGUACUUACGUUGUGCAUGCACAUUUCUUUGUGCAUGCAUGCAAUCUUUGUUUAGCUCUCACCUCAAUGGAAAUGUGCUUGUUGGUUAAAAUGUACGUAGUUAGUCCUUAUCUUGGAUUUUAUGGCAUUUCUCUUUUAGUGGGACUUUGAACCACACCCAGUCAUUUAGCUUAUGACGGAAGAAUUGUUAAAGAUGUAUUUUUAAAAUACUGUCAUUAUAAAUUGAUAUUUUAUUAAACAUUUGUGUACAAAGUUAUUGUUUAUUUUGCCCAAUCUUUUCCCUUUUCUCCAAUCACUAAAACAUUUGGCAAAGAUCUGAUUAAAUUGACACCGCCUGCAGUAAACUAGCUUUCAAUGGGUUGUGUUCAGUUGUCAUGCUGAUAAACUGGACACUUUUAAUAACAUAUAGAACUUCAUGCCUCAGACAUGCUUCAGACACGCUUAUACUGCUUUGGCAGGGGCUGUAAGGAAUUUGGUCAAUAACUUCACUUUAAACAUAGUUUUUAUUUGUAUGUCCAUUUCAUAAAUCUAAUUUUUUUUUCUUAGUUGUGGGUGAACGGCAGUACAGUUAUGCCCAAUCCAGGCCAUUACGAAAUUAAAUCACACCAACAACGAUCAGGUAAUACAGUCCAUAUACUAGGGAUGAGAACAUUUUAGACUAAAUCAUAUUUACACCCUCACAUGCACUGGUCUAGAAAAAUAAUGUGGCGGUACCAGGCAAAUGUAUGAUAGUAUCUACUCCACAGCACCACAAUAAGAGUGCAGUUCCUGGCAGACAUACAAUUUGUCAUACCACUGGCACACCUGACGGGUGAAAUUGUACCUGGGUAUCAAUCUCUCAUAUCCCCUUUAUGAUGUUUGACAGUAAACACAUGCCUUGACAACCCCUCAUUCUUCUGAUCAAAGUCCACAGUCAUAUCACUUUAUGGCCUGGCUCAAUGUUCACAUCUUGCUGCAGUUUCUCAUCCUUGGGAAAACGUUUAGCGUAGAAAAUCCAUUUCGGGAACACUACGUGCUUUUAGGAGUCCCGGGUGGAAAAACGCGGUUUUGGGAUACGGGGAACUGAAAUUGGAAGAUUGUGAGAAUGCCGUCGUCCAAGAAAACUUUACACUUCUUGACGAGCGCCCUGGCCACCAGCGCCGGUGUCUCCGUGCUGGGCUACGGGAUGUCAGCCCAGUGGUCCUUUUCUGAGAUGGAGUGCUCGGCUAAAGAUACCGACAAUUACAACGGCACGGCAAACGUACAGUUCGGGCUUUUCAAGUGCGGGCUGGCAAAAAAGUCUUGCCCCAGCUUUGACAACGACAAUGAUUUUGAAGUUUUGACGCUGCUCCUCAGUGUAGGGGGCACCCCGUUCAUCCUCCACGCCAUUAUCAUAAGCCUGUUGGCCCUCACCUUGCUCAGCUCAGCAGGCAGCUUACUGAUCACUCUGUACAACAGCGUCAGCAACCCUUACGAGACCUACAUGGGACCCUUGGGCCUGUACGUCUGCAGCUCCGUCAGUGGUAUCCUUUCAUUUCUGACACUGGUUUUGUUCCUGAUAAACACGCUAGUGGUCGGUGUGCCUCAAGAGCUUGUUCAGAAUAACGUGGCGGUCAAUCUCAGGGACAUCAACACAGAACUGCAGGUGGGGUUCUACCUGCUGAUCCCGUUCAUGGCCACCAGUGUGAUCGCUAUCCUGUCCGUCUUCAUGUACGAGCACACAGCCUACACCCAGAGGAAGGAGCAGCAGCGGCCCACCGAGGACGCGCCCAAAGACAUCAUGCUGUACUGACCGUCGGCAGUCUCCGCCUGCAGAUCAGAACUACGUGAUGAGGGUGGGGAUAGCGUACGCCUCCUCCCGCACAAAGUCCCCGCGACCCUGCCAGUGACGCUAAGGAAACUGGCAGAUAUACUUGGGGAUUUUCUCUGUGGAUGUCCAUUUUAUACUAUUUCUUUCGUAGCCUACUGUUCACCACAUUGCGGUUUACAGGCGAAAGCGGUCGUUAAUUUAUUUUACCAUAAAUGUAGUAGAAGAAUUUGCAACUUCUCGAAACCUUUCACGGUUUUUUUUUAAAUUGGUUAAGGCAGUUAUCUAGCUAUCUAGCCUUCUUCCUUAUGUCUGGCAAAAUCAACAUCAAAAGAGAUUCAUAUGUACUCAUAAAUCACUAAAACAUACUAAAUUAUCUUUGCUGUUUUACAGCAAAGUAGACAUGGGCAAACAGAAUAUUAUGAGAUGAAGAAGAGGUUUAUUCUGUCAAUUAUGAGUGUAUUCAUAUUUUGUAACAGUAUGUAUAUAUUAAAUCUUGUGUGCGUAUGUAGCUGUUGGAUCAGCCUAUACUUCAGAGCAGGGAUACUUAAAUCUGGCUGUCAAGGCGAGUAGUUCGCAAGCCUACUGCCAGCUUUAAUUCUUUCCCUCUAAUUCGGACUGAUUUAAACCUGGAACACCAGGUGAGUUAAAUAUCAGCCAAUCAGUGGCAUUAUUUGAUCGAUUAACUAUUAGGUAGAAAAGAAAACCAGAUUUUAGUAUCCCUUGGCCACAGCUAGUAUUCAGAAGAGUACAGUGAGUCAUUCCGGUUAUUAGCUCUUGCACAAUCUAAAGUACAUGUUGUGGCCUAUACCCUACUGAAGUGUGAUGUCAAUUUUGCACCCAAAUAUGGAAUUCCGGUUCCAUUGCCUUGGCACAGUAAUGGCAAAAUGAAUUGCGGUAUAUAAAAUGAUUGCCUGGAACUACGAUGCCAACAAAAUUUUGCUUAAGAUCUUUGGAUUUAAAAUGGCUAUCUUUACUUGUUAAAGUAGCAUCACACCUAGUUUGUCAGCAAAUAGCUAUAUUUAUUUUACUACACGGCGUUAAUAACACCUGUAAUGAAUUCACCCUUCGGCAUUUCUAAUGUCUCAGUUUCAAAUAUAAAAGGAAGAAAUGAUUGGUACACGGGAAACAAAAAUUCUAUCCAUUUUAACCAUAGGCGGAAAAAAAAAAUGGAACAGGAAAUGAUCUGGAACCACCAAAAUGACAAAACUUAGGUGGUCCAUACUUUGCGUUUGGAGUUCAGGACACCUUGGCUUCCAUCUUAAUAACACAUUUACAAACAUCAUUAAUGUAUUUUCUAACAAUGUAUAAUGCAGUGUUUCAUUAAUAUGCUAAUUAAUCAUUUGUAACUGCACAGUAGAAAGUGUUAUUGUUAGUGUUAUCAAUCAAUCAAAAUAUAUGUGACAAUUAUACCUAUUAUAUAUUUAUAUAUAUUUAUAAUAUUUAAUCUCACUAAAAUUAUUGUAUAGUCCUUGCACUAUUUCACUCUAAAAGGCAUCCUGAGUUUGUUGAUCAUUUCAUUUUUUUUUUUUUUUUUUUUAAUUUCUUAUUUUUAUGUUUGUCGUUUUGCAGUAAUUUUACAAUUUUCAGAUUACUAAAAGGAGAAACAGCAACCUUCCCAAAACUCCAUCUAUUUAUAGACUUGUUUUCUCUAAAGGGACAAAAUAUAUCUCUUCAAAUCAAGAGGUGGUUCCACUGAACCAUAAACCAACAACCAAGCAUUUACAGCUCUCAUUUAGUAUAGCCACUCCUUAACUGUUUUAAAGAAAAAAAAUUAACAGUAGGUUUGGCAAUUCUACAGAUUUGUUCUGCAUGUAAGAAAACACAUUUCCUCAUUAGACCUGCUGUAAAACAUUUUAGAUUUGGGGAGUGGAUACGCUGAAAAUCUAUAGGACGUUUUUCAUUCAAACAGAUGCUGAGUUGUUCCCCAGGUGAUAUUGCAGAGAAGUUUCUUAUGUUGAAUUAUAAACAAACGGAACAUUUUCUGCCCUCUGCUGGCAGGUCUUUAUAACAUCACAUAUAUGAAGGAAAAAUUAGAAAACCGAAAUGCACCAUUGUUAUUA